CUCUCUCUCCCCUCACUUCCCUCACACUUUUCACUCAGCUACCCAAGAUGGCGGCAGCCCCAUCCAUCCAGCCGCCGAGCGUUCACUCUUCUAUAGCCGGGGAGAGCGCACUUUCCCCGGAGAUGGACAGCCCCGAGAGCAGGCAGUCGGAGGAUAAGGAGGAGGCGGCGGCAGCAACAACACAGCCCUCCGACUCGGAGAUUAGCCUCCGCGACCUGCCCGACCUGGAGCCGGAGGAGAUCGAGAGGAGGCUGGCCAAAACUCGACAAGAGCUGAGCAACAGGAGGAAAAUCCUCAUUAAGAACCUGCCGCCUGACACCACUAACCAGGAAGUCCACGAGAUUCUGAAAGAAUAUGAACUGAAGUACUGCUUUGUGGACCGUAACAAAGGCACAGCCUUUGUGACUUUGCUGAACGGGGACCAGGCUCAGGAUGCCAUCCGCUCCCUCCAUCACAGCACUGUCCGGGGACGCUUGAUCAACGUCACGCUGCAGCCCACCGACUCCCUUCUCUGCCUCACCAACCUGCCCCACACCUUCACUGCCCAGCAGUUAGAGGAGCUGGUACGUGCCUAUGGGAACAUCGAACGCUCCUUCCUGGUGUACAGCGAGCUGACGGGCCACUCCAAAGGAUAUGGGUUUGUUGAAUACAUGAAGAAGGAUUCUGCUUCACGGGCCCGUUCUGAGCUGCUGGGCCGACCACUGGACGAUCGCUCAUUGAUGGUGCAGUGGAUGGACGUCAACCAGCUGAGCCAAGAGGAGAACCUGCACUCCAAGUGUCUGUGUAUAAACCGGCUGCCGCUGGACCUCUGUGACUCUGAAGAACUGACCCAGCUCUUCUCGGAAACCUACAAACCUGUCUUCUGCCAGCUUGCUCAGGAUGAGGGCAGCCCAGUGCGAGGCUUCGGUGUGGUGGAGUAUGAGAACUCUGAGCAGGCGGAGGCUGUGCUGAUAGAGAUGGACCGAACACUGGUGGGAGGACAGGAGGUCCGUCUGUCACUCUGUACCCCCGGCACCUCAGGGAGAAGCACCCUGGCUGCACUCAUUGCCGCCCAGGGUAUGAUUCUGAGUAAUAGGAAAGGUCUGCUACCAGAACCCAACCUCGCCCAGCUGUUAACCAGUGUGACCAACCCUACUGCCCUGCAGAUCCUCAUGAGACCGUACCACACUGGGAAAAGAGGAGGGAAGUACGGACGUCACAACAGCCUGCCAUUCCUCAGACCUCCUCUCACCACAGCUCUGCUCACUUUGGGAAAAGCACACCAGAAUGCUAUGCUGGGUAAUGGACUAGUCCUCCAGAACCUCUUGCAUAUGCAGCUCGCACAGCAACAGCUUCUUCACAUCAAAGACAAACGCCUCAGCAACGUCUCCAGUCUGCUCGGGGACCCGUCCAGGCUGCUGAUGCAGAAAGCUUUGUCUCUACGGCCUCCAGGCCUUGUGUCGCUGGGGAAAGGCCUCCUGGGAGACUCCCCUACAGAGCUGGGCCAGGAGUCAAUGCCAUCCCACAAUGCCACAGUAGUGGUAUCAGCAGCAGGUGUGAUGCCAUACCUCCAGGGUCGAGCUGGAGGGGGAGAACUAAACAGCACCCAUUCUAUCUCCACAAACCCUUCUGCUUCCUCUUCUUCUUCUUCCUCCUCCAUCUCCUGUGACAGGCAGCCAGCUCCUCCCGGAACCAUGGUGAGCUCCCAUCUGCAGGAACAGUGCUAUUCCUUGGGUUUAAGUCACUCAGGCCUUGGUCCGCCUCCACCUAAACCCCCUGGAGGAGUUUAUACGGCAACAGGCCAGCGCCACAGCUCAGAUGGCUGCCCCCUGGCUAGCAUGGUAAGCAGUGGUCAGGGCUCUCUGUUGGGCGAUCCUCCUAAAGAAGUGAGACUGCCCUCCAAUCCUUAUCUGAACCUGGCCAGUGUCAUGCCAGGGAUGGUUAUGCAAGGGUCAGUGGGGAGUAAAGCACAGGGAGGACAGCCUGGCUCUGGGGUUUACGGCAGCUCGGUUGCUCCCGUCGUCUCCCAGGGUUCCGGCUCCUUCUCCCACAACGCAACAGCUACAACCACAGCCCAAUACAGCACUGAUCCCUCCACUGACUACAGCCAAUACAACCAGGCCUACACACAGGAGGCCAUGCAGCAGUGGUACCAGCACUACCAAGCACAAGCUCAAGCUCACACCUACAGCACCGCUGCUCAGCAGGACAACACUGCCACAGACUACAGCAAGGAGCACACACAGGCUCCUCCGGUGACGACCUAUGGGGAUUACAGUUCCUACAUGCAGGCAGUCACUCAGUACUACUCCCAGCCUGCAACAGCCAACCAGGCCUACGUCAGCAAGGAGGUAGAUGUGUGUAAGCCUCUAGGAGUCUCUCUGCACGCAGUCAGUAACGGCGCCGCCCCUCCCCCGGCCGUCCUACCAGCUGCUGCCGUGCUCCCAGCCUACAGCACCCUGCCUUUAAUGCCCGGCUUCCUGGGCGCGCCACACCCGGCGGCGGCCACGCCAAGCCCCGUUACACACACUGCCGCCACCGACUGGAACACCUACUACUAUAACCAGACGAGGGGCCAUAAAAGGGAGUACCCUCAGCUGGCGGUGCAGGAAGUGACAUCAUCAGAUGGCGCCUACAUCGGGCAGCACUCCCAAGGCCUGGGAGGGCAGUACGCUGACUACUUUAAGAGGAAGAGGCUCUAGUAUGACCCAAACCACCUUAAACCCUAAAGCUUAUGGAAGGAGGCGUGCACACACACACUGCGUCUGCUGGAUGUCACAGCUCCCUCUAGUGGCCUUUCUGUGGCUGCCAUUUUGCAUCCCUAUAGUAGGUAUUGCGUUAAUAGAAUUUGGGGGUUGCAAAUGGCUCAAGUGAAAGCAAGCCAUAGUGCUCUUUGAUCCUGGCACUAAUGUACACACACACACACACACACACACACACACACACAUAGACAUAAACACGGUGUUGCUUUUGUCCUGUUCAAGCCUUAAACUCUUUAACUUAAACUGUUGUUUCUCAGUCAGUGUGUCACCUGUACUCAAAUAAUAUUAUCUUGUACAUUUUUCUAAUAUAAUGUAAAGUAUACUGUAUCUGUACGUAUAAGCUGCUUUUGUAUCUGCAGCCAGGCAACCUGUCUGCCUGCCUGCUGAAACUUAGGACUACUCUUACAGUCGGGUGUCUCCCUCUCUGUCGCCUUUCAAACUCGCGCUUUGAUUAAUCGGUCGGGCUGACGUCUGUUGGUUCCCGCUUCAGUGUCUUUUCUCUUUUGCUUGUAUUGCCCAGAUUUCCUCUUUUAUAUCUCCCUGCUGUGGAGAAUUAGAGUGUGUGUGUUUGAGUGUGUGUGUUUAUGCGUGUUGAUGCUGUUUCUGUAGGAAGUGUCAGCCAUUUCAAUCCCAAUGUAUGGGAGCACAUCAGGAAAAACAAGGGCCUGACCCAUUUAAAGCCCUUAAUUGUGGUGACUUUUACAAUAGCUUCCCUCAAUGAAUGGACCUUUCUUUAUAAAGACUGGACAGAAAAGAAAAGGCUGGUGUAAAUACAGUGUGUAAUACAGAAUAUAUAAAGCCAUGCGUACCAGACAAUAUCACAUUUAAUGGACGUUUCCCAGCUCGCUUGUGAGCGUAUUGUACUACAUGAAUGAUAGGAAAACAUUUACUCUGUCUGAUUUUGUUUUCAAUCCAUACUUUUAUUUAUUUGUAAUAUAAUAUAAUAAUAUUUCGAGGCAUUGUGUUGACUUAAAUUUAGUUAUCUGGUUUAGUUUUUAACAUUUAAGCCAAAUAUUAGGGCACAGACCUUUCUCUUCUCUCUAUCUGUUUUAACACAUUAGGGUGUUUGCGGGAAGAUCUGUUGGGACUGUAACAGCAGCUUUACUUCCAUUUCUAGCUGCAAUUAAAAUAUGAAGGUUUCAGAAUGUAAGUUUGCCCUGAAUCCAUACUGCUUACCAACUCAAAGCAGGUUUUGAGUAAGUAGCUGCACUGCAAAAGUGACAAAAGACAGAAAACCCAAACCUCUCAGUAUGUAAAUGUAAAAACCCCGGACAUGAAGGAGCUGUCCACCGAUGGAAAAAAAAAUAAACGUAAUAGUUGAUGAUAGUAAUUCGCCUCCAGAAACAAAACAAAAAGCAUUACAUUUUUGAAUAAAACAUUUGGCUUUCUCUUUGUGAAGUUUAAUUGGCAGUAAUAUUCUAAACGUUUGAUAGCGUUCGCAUGGUGCACAUAUUGCAUCAUUUCCAUAACAUGGUAAAGUAUGUUUUUGUAUACUGACUGCAAAACAAAACAAAAAAGAUUAGUAUAUACAGUUGGUACCUAUGAUCUAUGAGAUUGGGACACAGGGAGAGUACCAUCUGCAGAAUCAAAAACAUUUAUCAUUUUUCUGCUCAUAAUGUGCGAGUAUAACACACUGGUAGAAUUUCUGCACCUUAUUUUGAAGUUUUUAGGGGAAACUGAAAAAAAAGCUAACCAUUAAUGUUCAUCUUUCCUGAGCCGAUUUCCUUCCAGCUGAUAUUUUACAAAUGAACAUAGAAAUGUUAUAAUAUUUGUGAAAGAAGAUUUCUUUAGGAUGUUUUUUUUUUUUUUUUAUUAGAGCAAAGGCUGUGAACUCAAUUAUACUUCAUGUCCAGAAGGUUUGAUAUCUAUUACUGAGGAGAGGGCUUGUUAUUUUAAUAUUACAGCGUGAACAUUAGGUUUUUUUAUGUGCUCAAACUGGCAAUAACUAUGGCUCCUACUACUGUAAAAAGUGGAAUGUAAAUUGUUUAUUUUGUAGUGUGAAUUUCAUAUACUCCUACGUAAUGGCUCACACGCUUGGUAAAAGCUUUUUCUGCCUGUUUGUAUGUCUCUUUGUAUUCUGCUCGUAGGUAUCUGAUUAUAUAUCGCGGAGCAGAAUAUUACUUGCAUCACCAUGGCAACCACGCUCACACACUGUGAAACCCAAUAAGGUGAGAUCAGAUAAUGCCUAAAAACUUCGGUUUAGUCCAGAAAAGUGGUGUGAGUUUCUCAUCAAAGGGAUAACAGCUGGCUGUAAACAGGACGUACACGAUGUUUACAGACUUGAGUCAGAGUUGAGUGUCAAUGGUGGUGUGCAGGCACGCUUAUAAUAGAGUACUAAUAGAAUGACUAAACAUAAAACUAAAGGGCAAUACAUAUCCUUCUAUUCUUUGUACCUGCGCUUGACUCUCUUGCUGUCUGCUCUUUAUCUAAUUACAUGUUUUUUUAACUCGAUUUGACUGUGACGCGUUUCAUGCUGUCGUGUCCCGCUUUUAGAGUAACAUUAAACUGCAACUGCGACACAUUUUGAAGCAUGCAUCCAUAAAAUGUUUUAUUGAGGAUAUGGACAAUACAAAGAAAAAAGGAGGGAAGUGUUAGAAUGCAAAGAAAAUUGGAAAAUGUAAUUUAUUCUGCUAAAUAUGUGUACAAAUACAGGCAGGAAGAGGAUCAGGCAGAGUUGCUGCCGAUCAAAGCCUGUUUUGUGUUCUUUGUCCCCAUUGACUGCCUGUAUGUAUGCACUUAUUUAGCAUAAUGAUUUCCACCUUUUCUUUUUAUUUAAUGGCUCCUUUCCUUUUUUUUCUUCUUUUGUAGUACCUAUUUGGAAAGUCUUUUGAUGGAGGAUAUGGACAAUUUACCCACACUCUUCUUGUUUUUACAUUCAGUCAUUUUCAUACGCUGACAUUUCCCAGAAUCUAAAUUUAGACAGUUAAUGGUGUCCCGCUUUUCCCACUCAUCGUAAAACCUAAAACUUGAGUUUACAUAUAUAUAUAUUACGUGUUAGAUUUAGCUUGUAAACAUUUUAAAAGUUAAUCAUGUUUUACUUUUUCUUCUUUACUUUAUUUCUAGCAAAUAUAAACUUUAUAUUUAGCAUGCGUUUAUAUUUUUAAUUUCCAUUUUUCUUCUAAUUUUACUAACUUGUCUUUGCACUAUUGCAGCUUAUUGUCCAGACUGUCUCCUGUAUGAUUCUGACUAUGACUUGUUGUGGCUGUGCUACUUUCAAAUGCUUUUAUUUGGGGGGGUUUCUCUUGGCCUGCACAGUAUUACACAGUAUUAUGCUAUUAAAAUCAGAUCAACAUUUUAAUUUUGCUUCAAGAUAUUUCACCUUCUGUUCAAAUUUGUUCUAUAUCUGUCUUUGCAACCGAUUUCCUUUUUAUAAUAAUUUAAAAUCACUCAAUAUAGGUUCAGUAUAUUGAAUGGAUAAUCUUACUGUCUUCACAUUACAGACAGAGCAUGAGUACGUAAUUUGAAUUGCACAAUUUAUUUCUGUUGUUUUAAUUAAUUUAACACAGUCUUAUAUUGCACACCCAGCAAUUUAGACAAAAUAUAGAUAUGUAGCUGUGUAGGUCUGUCUAUCUUUCAAGCCCUUUCCUCACCUUCUCUGCGGUGCUGCUCCAACACCUGAACUGUCUGUUUGCUGAUUUCUCUUUCUUGAAACAG